GCUGUGUAUUGGCGGCUGAUGCUGAGGUUCGGCUGACGGGCGCUCAUCGUUUCUGCCUCAUCGCCGCGGCGCGGUUCAAAGCGCGGGGUCUGUUAGAUCGUUCAUUUCUCCGUUUCCCGCCUCCUCACCGACCCCCCCCAUCUGCCAGGAGAUGCACCGGCUCCAGUCCAUCGCUGCUCGCUCCCUCAUGGCCGGAGCAUUAGAGCCAUGCCCGGCUCUAGCCGCUCCUGUGCCCGGCAGGCGGACGAACCGCGCCGGGCUGAGGCGCUACAACGCGUCCGGGGCUCCAGCAGCAGCAGUGGCCGCAGCGCGGAACGGGAAGGCCCGGGAGAAGACGCUGACCAUGGAGACCCUGAACCCGCAGGUGAAGGCUGUGGAGUACGCGGUGAGGGGACCCAUCGUGAUCAAAGCUGGGGAGAUCGAGAGGAUCUUGCAGGAGGGGGGUAAAAAGCCCUUCACUGAGGUCAUCAAAGCCAACAUCGGGGAUGCGCACGCCAUGGGACAGCAGCCCAUCACGUUCCUCAGACAGGUGGUCGCUCUCUGCACCUUCCCUGAGCUCCUGGACAGCCCCAGCUUCCCAGAGGACGCUAAGCGGAGAGCACAGCGUAUCCUGCAGGGCUGCGGGGGGCGUAGCCUGGGGUCAUACAGUGCCAGCCAGGGGGUGGACUGCAUCCGGCAGGACAUUGCUGCAUACAUCGAGCAGAGAGACCAGGGAGUGCCGUCCAACUGGGAGAACAUCUUCCUCACCACCGGUGCCAGUGAUGGGAUUGUGAGUAUCCUGCGUCUCCUGGUGUCGGGUGAAGGUCGCGCCCGCACCGGAGUGAUGAUCCCCAUCCCUCAGUAUCCGCUCUACUCCGCAGCCAUCGCAGAGUUGGGCGCUGUGCAGGUCAACUACUACCUCGACGAGGACAACUGCUGGGCCUUAGACGUGCACGAGCUGCACAGAGCAUAUCAGGCUGCCAAGCAGCACUGCCAGCCCCGAGUCCUCUGCAUCAUCAACCCGGGAAACCCCACAGGUCAAGUCCAGAGCAAGAAGUGUAUCGAGGACGUCCUGCAUUUCGCCUAUGAGGAGAACCUGUUUGUCAUGGCUGAUGAGGUGUAUCAGGAGAACGUCUAUGCCCCGGACUGCGAGUUCCACUCCUUUAAGAAGGUGCUGUAUGAGAUGGGGCCGGAGUACUUCAACAGCGUGGAACUGGCCUCGUUCCACUCCACUUCCAAAGGUUACACAGGAGAGUGCGGCUUCAGGGGCGGCUUUAUGGAGAUCGUAAACCUGGAUCCGGAGGUCAAGGCCCAGCUGGUGAAGCUGCUGUCGGUCAGACUGUGCCCCCCGGUGGCAGGCCAGGCUGCCAUGGACGUGAUCGUGAACCCUCCACAGCCAGACGAGCCCUCGUUCGCUCAGUUCCACAAGGAGAAGGCCUCAGUGCUGGGUGCCCUGGCAGAUAAAGCUAAGCUGACGGAGCAGAUCCUCAGCGCCGUGCCUGGAAUCAAGUGCAAUCCUGUCCAGGGAGCCAUGUACGCAUUCCCCCAGAUUUUCAUCCCCCCCAGAGCAGUGGAAGAGGCCAAGGCUCUGGGAAUGCAGCCAGACAUGCUGUACUGCCUCAGGCUCCUGGAGGAGACCGGAAUCUGCGUCGUCCCUGGAAGCGGCUUCGGCCAGAGGGAGGGCACCUACCACUUCAGGAUGACCAUCCUGCCGUCUCCUGAGAAGCUGAAGGUGCUGCUGGAGAAAGUGCGAGAUUUCCACAUCAAGUUCCUGAAGGAGAAUUCCGCUCUGGAAGAGCCUCAGUGCCGAGUGCAGGCCUGAGGAGACCAGACCGGACAUGCUCACGUUUACUUAACACACUAACCCCACAGUAACAGUAGUGUUAAGCAGCGUUGACUUACUAUGAUUUAUUACUGUCUGUUCAGGUGAGCCGGUCGGGACGGGCUGUUCGGUUCUGUUCGUGCCUUUUUUUGAAAUGUCGUUAUAAAGAAAAAGGGAUGGGGUCAGUUUAGGCUACAGCAUUAAAGCAUGAAUGUUCAGAAGCCCCCCACCCUCACCCGUACCCCCACCCCCACCCCCACCCACAUCGCAUCCGAACACAGAGCCCAUUCAGGCAAUUGUCCCUAAACUUGUCACUUUUAAUCUGAGCUCUAAAAUUCCUGUUGGUUACUUAGUUUUGCACUUCCCAGAGAAUUUCUGCGGCGUUAUUUUUGGGGCUGUUCGACUGUCGAUUCCGAGGCUUUUCGCUGCGGUGAAAAUUUUAUCUAGAGCCUGUUUUUUUUUAGUAUUUGAUGCUUGGAAAAGGUUUUUUUUUUGUGUAGAUGCUAUUAAGCUAAUGAAGGAUGAAUUAACUCUGCUUAUUGAUUUUAGGGACACAAUUAGCUUUAAUAACAAAUGCAGUCAGUAGAGCUGUAGUUUUAAUGAACCACCAGCCAGCUAAGUAAUUAUUUCCCAAUCCCGGAUAGCAAGCGCGUCUCGGACCACUUGAAAAGGGCCGGUGUCUCGCUGCUUGGACCACCCAGAUUAUCUGCAUAAGAGGUCUAACUGGUUUAUAAUCUCUUCAGACAGAGUUUGUCUAAAGCUCCCCCGUGGGCCGUCAGCAGGCCGGAAGUGGCUCGCGAUCUUCUUGCUGUCCGGGAUAAAGGACCCCUGUACAUACGGAUUGACAGUAGGCGCUGUAAUCCUCCUCGCUGUCUCUGCUGAACAGUUCGCGCCGGAGCCAGCGGACGCAGUUGGCCGCAGAGCAAGGCUGUGAAAGUUUUUACGCUUAAAACGCACAAGAGUUUAUAACGAGUCCUGUUUGAGGAAUGAAUUCGGUGUCCUGGAAAAUUCCAUGGGAACUUUUUCACAGCGGUUUUAUUAACACCGGUCACUCCUCGACGUGGUAACGCAUAAAGGGAAUUAUGAAGUUCCCGCCGGUCUCCUGUUACUGUAUCGUGCCAAACGUUUGCUUUUACUUUUGCAAGGUUCUGUUACUUUAUCGGUCAUUCUGUUUACAAUAUGCUUUGUUUAUAUUUUUGGUUUUUAAUAAAUACUGAAUGAAUUUGAAGAAAAAAAAUCCAGUUGUUUUAACUCGACCAGUGUUUGUCUACAGGCUACUGAGGUGCCUUUAGAGUUCAUUUUUAAUUAUGCGGUCAUUUAUUAUUAUUAUUAUUAUUAUUAUUAUUAUUGUUAUUAUUAUUAUUAUUAUUAUUUGUUUUUUGUAAACACCAAUUCUCUGUGGAUUUUUUUCCCUGACAGCUCAGUUUCCUUUGCUAAUCUGUGGCAAGUUUUCAGAAUUAAAGCCGGAACAGUUUUGUGUAAAUAUUGUUAA